CAGUUGAUAAUGAACAUCAAUUUAUGGAAGAUGUGUUCUUACUCAGUAUAAAAUGUGUGUUCAUUGCAAUAACUGAAAAUGUGUCUUCAUCGGUUAAGUUCAAUUAAUCUAAGUAAUGGACCCAGUGUCAACUGGAAGGUUGUUUCUUAAUAAAGGUAUGUUCCUGGCCACGCCUUCUGUGUGUUUACGCCGCGAAAAGUGGGAGGACUUGAACAUUAUCCUUACUCAACACCAAGAUGGCGAGAAAACCAUUGCGUAAGAAACAAUAGCCAAAUACACUUUACAGAGGACAUGGAUUAUAUAUAGAGUUCAUAUUCAAAUGUCUACUUGACAGUGACAGUGUUGAACAGUAACAGGUAAAAUGUAACAUGUUACUACCAUCGUAGCUCUCAACAAUCUAGUCGAUUCAAUGAAAUAGCCGUGUCUUACGUCAAGCCGGCAGCAGAAGAAAACUUGCUGUUUGAUUCGUUUUGAACGAAGGGAAGGGGUUCAGAAAAGGAUUACAUUUGAAUUUGGAACACACUCCAGGAAGAGUAAGAGAUGGAGUCGAACACACGGACGAAGAAGGUGGAUUCUCUGGCCGGCAUAAAUAGGCAGAGGGUGAUUCUGGUCACUUAUCUGAUAGCCGCUAUAGACAUCACAUGUCUUUUUGUGCAGUUUUCUAUCACACCAUAUUUGGCCAAGAGGCUUGGUUUUGACACCUUGUGGUUUGGCUAUCUCCAAACAACAGUAGGAGUCAUUCAGCUCCUUGGAGGCCCCGUAUUUGGCAGGUUUGCUGAUAUAUUUGGGGCUCGGGCAGCUCUUUCUAUGUCCUGCAUGGCAUCUGUUGUCUACUUUGUGCUGCUGUCUGUGACUGACAGCACUGCAAUGCUCUUCAUUCACAAGCUCCCUGCAGUGGCCAUGCAUGUCUUACCAGGGACUCAGAUGGUGGUGGCUGACCUCACCGAGCCCGACAAGAGGGCUGAUGCUCUGGCCAAACUGGGCCUGUGCUUUGGCAUAGGGAUGAUCACAGGUUCCUCUCUAGGGGGCACCCUCAGCACACGCUAUGGGGAGACAUGUGCUGCUUGUGUGGCUGCUGUCGGGAGUUUUGUCAGCUUGCUGUUGGUUUUGAAGUUCAUCCCCAAACACACCAAAGAACAGCGUGUGCAGGAGAAGAGUGACAAGAGCCGCUCACUCUUUAACCUGGGUGACAUCACCAGGCUCAUGAAGUACCCUGGCGUGGCGAAGACCUUCACAGUCAAAAUCACCUCAGGCCUCCCCUCAGGUAUCUUUCAAGUCAUGUUUUCCAUCAUCGCUAUGAAUUUCUUCCAGUUGGCAGCGGAGCAGAAUGGCUACCUCAUGGCCUACUUUGGCGUGGUGCAGAUGGUCAUGCAGGGGGCUGUGAUAGGACCCCUCACAGCCAGAUACCCAGAGAGCUCUCUGCUGCUCCUGUCUGUUGGUGUAGCCAGCCUGGUGGGCCUGGCCCAGGCACUUAUGGCCAAUGUAUUCCAGUUCUGUUUCAUUGUCGUUCCCAUGAUGUUCUCCCUCAGCAUGUUCAACGUAAUCACAGACAGCGUGCUCACAAAGAGUGUGCCCUCAACGGACACAGGCACCAUGAUGGGGCUGUGUGCUUCAGUACAGUCCCUCAUGCGCACAGUUGGCCCUACCAUUGGAGGCUUCCUGUAUGAGAACUACGGGGUGCCUUCAUUUGGAUACAUUCAGUGUGCCAUAAACGCUGCUGUCUUUAUUCUCCUUUUUAAGGACAGGAGAUCGGAGAAACACAAAAAGUUAUGACAAUGCUUACUGUGACACAGUUUGAGUAGAGGCUGGAAACUCAAGCAUUCCAUACCGGUAGACUGUGAUGAUACAUGAGAUAUGUGAUAUGAGAUAUACAAAGACGAUAUGUUGUACUUUUUCUUACUGAUAGCCAAAAUCACCAGCCGAAAUGAUGAUAUAAAUAAUAACUUGCACUGUAAUUAUAUGAAUGCAAUUUGGAUUGUAAAACUGUAUGUAUUUGCACAGACCUGAUUGUAUUCAAAGCCUACUAUAUAUUCCUCCUAUAUUAAACACCUACCGGUAGUAUGUUAUAAA